AUUUACAAAGACAUAUCGUCCAAUAGCGCGUAUAGCUGGUUAUCCGAUCAUAUUUAAUUCAGACGCGAAGGAAAACUGGUAUAUCGGUUAGUGCAGUGCUGUGUUACCGUCAAACAUUUAAAAAUGUUAAAUAGUUUUAGUGUGCCGGUGGCAGUGUUUCUAUGCUUGUUUUUUAAUGCAUAUGGGCAACGAUGUACAACGCCCAACGACGAAGUCGCGCAAUGCAUCUCUAUUUAUGACUGUGGAGUAUUAUACAAUUCGAUAACAAGUAAAGAUCCAUCGGUAAUCAGAUUUCUAAGACAGUCUCAGUGCGAUUAUCAGCAAGUUCCGUACGUUUGCUGUGGAACUUCAGCUACCUAUCGGAAUCCCUCGCGUCGUCCAACGGAUAGACCGCCAGCUUCGACGGGAGGUAGACCCGCAAGUCUUUUACCUAAUCGCGCUACAUGCGGAUUUCAGGAAGGGGCGAAGGUUUUGGGAGGCGUGCAAACCACACAUUCAGAAUUCCCAUGGAUGGCUUUAAUGGAAUACAGAAAAAACGUAGGUGGUGGCAGAACAUUUUCUUGUGGCGGUGCCCUGAUUAGCAACCGAUAUGUUUUAACGGCGGCUCACUGUGUUACUGGGAAAAUUAGGGAGCAAGUGGGUCCACUGAUUAGUGUGCGACUUGGAGAAUGGAAUACAGAAACCUCUCAAGAUUGCGUUACGGUUGAAGGUUUUGAAUUGUGCAAUGAUGAGCCACUUAAUGUGGCCGUUGAGAGCGUGGUUGCUCACAAUGAUUACGAUGAUUCAUCUAUCAAUAGAUAUCAUGAUAUAGCACUAGUACGACUGGCACGAAACGUGCAGUUCACAGAUUUUAUUCAGCCUAUUUGUUUACCUACGUCGUCAGAAAGAGCAAGUAUCGGUAACCAACUUUGGGUGUCUGGAUGGGGUCGUACAGAAUACGCCAAUUCGAGCCCGGUAAAGCUGAAGGUUAGGCUGCCCAUCGUUUCGAAUUCCCAAUGCGCCAACACCUUCAGAAGAGCGGGUGUCCAACUCUCAAACACCCAACUUUGUGCCGGCGGAGAACGUAACAAAGACUCCUGUAAUGGUGAUAGUGGUGGCCCAUUAAUGCAAGUUAUGAACCGUGAUUCAAAUCCACAAUGGUACAUAGAAGGAAUUGUUUCGUUUGGUACGCGCUGCGGUACAGAGAACUGGCCGGGAAUUUAUACUCGAGUGGUUGACUACUUAGGAUGGAUAAGCAACAACAUGUCGCCCUAGUUUUUGUAAUCUUAGGAACAAAGUGUAAAUUGUAAUUUAUUGGUUAAUUUUUGCAGAAAAGGCGUGUAUAGCUUUCUUGACAUAUUAGAAAAACUGUUUUAUUUGAAAGGUAUUAAAUGUGUAAAUAGAA